AACUUACUGUAUUGCGGAGGCCCUUCACAAGGAGUAUGCGGAUUUCUACUAUGGCUUUACUUAUGAAGACUAUUACAAAGAUCCGGCAGAUUCGAUUCGUAAUGUUUUCUCCAUCCACAAAUCCUACUACGAUGAAGGGUAUCUGACUAUCAUGCAUUUGAUGAUCAACCUUUGUCAGUGCCUGCGGAAAUA